UUUCGGAUGCUUUCUAGCCAGAAACAGCGAUAUUUUCCCCUAAAAACUUGACAACACUGCACUGAACACGGCACGUCAUUAGUUUGUUUAAUUUGUUUUCAUUCCUGCUCACGAUUUUUGCCAAUUAAAGAAAAGACAUAAAAUGAGUGCGCUGUUUAACUUUCAAAGCUUACUGUCGGUCAUUCUGUUGAUGAUAUGCACCUGCGCUUAUUUGCGGUCUCUGUUUCCAAGCAUCAUUGAUCGCAACAAAACCGGUUUGCUAGGCACAUUUUACAAGCUGGCGCGCAUUGGCGAACGUAAAUCUCCUUGGGUUGGUGCCGCCUGUCUGAUAAUGGCGUUUACUGUGUUAUUUCUGAGCUAAAUAAAAACUGGAUUGCAUGACAUGAC